AUGAGAAAAAAAAUUUUCAUUCUUCACUUUCCAUUGAACAUCACAUCCCUUAAGAAAGAAAAACUUUUUUAUUUUUCUUCAUCAGAGACAACACUUUCUUUUCUUUUCUUUUCUUUUUACAACAACAACCUAAUUGCAAUGUCUCAAGGUACUUUAUUUGCUACUCAACAAAUUAGAAGCUUGGCUCCAAAAGCUUUAAUUAAACACUUUAACUUGGAUGUUAAAGUUUCUGACAAAGAUGCUGUUUAUGAAAAGAACUUUCCAUUAAACAAAAUCCCAGCUUUUGUUGGUCCAAAAGGUUUCAAAUUGACUGAAGUCAUUGCCAUUUCCCUUUACUGUAUGUAUUUAUUCCUAUUUUGA